AUGAAUCUAGUCGUAGAAAGGCCCCACGAGCAGUAUGGAAGCGCUAUAUUUGUUAGGCCAGACAUUGACGUACGCUCCUGUGCCUUGACCUGCGUUGAGGAUGUAGAAAUUUUAACGAUAGAGCUCCAAUCCUGCACCGUCACAUCAGUGUACAAACCACCCAAUACAGCGUUCAAAUUCCAUGAACCAGAUAACUUCCGCAAUCUAAAUGUUAACAUCGUCUUGGGUGACUUCAACUGCCACAGUACAGCGUGGGGAUACAACGAAACCAACGACGACGGUGAGAAACUGGAGAACUGGGUAGACCAAGUGAACCUCAAACUAAUACACGAUCCAAAAUUGCCCGCAUCAUUUAAUAGCGGACGCUGGAGACGAGGAUACAACCCGGACAACAUUUUUGUGUCUGACAGGAUAGCUCAGCAAACAGUGAAACAAGUGGAAGAACCCAUACCAAAAUCUCAACACCGAGCAAUAACCUGUUAUAUAACGGCAGCAAUUAGACCAAACACGGUCCCGUUCAAAAGACGCUUCAACUUCAAGAAAGCUAACUGGGAACUUUUCACACGAGACCUGGAUCAAGAAAUCUCCAAAAUAAAGCCCGGAAUCCAAUCGUAUGGAGCAUUCACAGAACUUGUAGGCAAAAUCUCACGACAGCACAUACCCAGGGGAUGUCGCACCCAAUACAUUACUGCGCUAAACAACAUCUCGAAGGAAGCCUUAGACAAAUACGAAGAACUGUUUAACGAAGACCCAUUCUCGGAAGAUACAAUCCAAGCAGGCGAAGACCUAUUGCUCAGUAUUUCUGUGUCGAGGAAGGAGAAGUGGUGCAACCUAUUACAGGAAACCGAUAUGAAGCACAACAGCAGGAAAGCAUGGAAACUAGUCAAAAGCCUCAGUGGCGAUCCAACAAGCCCCCAACAUAAGUAUGGAGAUGUCACACCGAAUCAAAUAGCGCACCAACUGCUACUCAAUGGAAGAACCAGGCGGAAGAAGAAGGACUGUAAAAUCAGAAGAAAAAUGGACGAAGAGAACAACUUCCUGGCGUGUCCAUUCUCCAUUCAAGAACUUCAGAGUGCCAUCGAGGAAAUGAAAAUCAACAAGGCAGCCGGACUCGAUGACAUAAGACCUGAACAAAUCAAUCACUUCGGGCCUAAAACAAAAGCGUGGAUACUCGCGGUAAUAAAUAGCUGUGUCAAAGAGAUGCAAAUUCCCAAACUCUGGAGAAAGUCUCGAGUUGUUGCCCUUCUGAAGCCUGGAAAAGACCCGACAGAAGCUAAAAACUUCCGGCCAAUCUCCCUCCUAUGCCAGCUGUUCAAAGUCAUGGAGCGAAUGGUUCUGAAACGAAUAUCGGAUCACGUGGAUGAAGCCUUAAUAAAAGAACAGGCAGGUUUCAGGCCUGGUCGUUCAUGCUGCGGACAGAUACUCAACUUGACCCAGCAUAUUGAAGACGGUUUCCAGAGGGGCGAGGUGACUGGGGUUGCCUUCCUGGACCUUAGUGCAGCCUACGACACGGUCAACCACAAGCUACUGACCAAAAAAGUGUAUAGUGUAACGAAAGAUUACACACUAGCCAAGUUCAUUCAGUGCAUGCUACAGAACAGACACUUCCUUGUCACCUUGCAAACGAAGAAUAGCCGAUGGAGGAGACAGAAGAACGGUCUCGCACAAGGUAGCGUUUUGGCCCCAAUACUAUUCAAUAUUUAUACCAACGAUCAGCCAGUUAACGAGUCCGUGCGAAGCUUCAUUUAUGCCGACGACACAGCAGUGGCUGCCCAAGGAAAGACAUUCGAGGAGGUGGAGGAAAAACUCAACGCGGCCCUGGAAGAGCUUGCCGAGUACUAUGAAGAAAACGACCUCAAGGCAAACCCCACAAAAUCCCAAGUCUGCGCCUUUCACCUGAGGAACCGACAAGCUAACCGAAAACUUCGAGUAAGCUGGAAGGGGCAACAGCUAGAGCACUCAAAUAACCCUAGAUACUUAGGAGUAGUCCUGGAUAGAACACUGACGUUCAAGGAGCAUUGUCAUAAUACAAAGAAAAAAGUAUUUGCUAGGAACAACAUUGUGAGGAAAUUGACAGGUUCGACAUGGGGAGCCGAACCUCAUGUUGUACGCACUACAGGGCUGGCACUCAGCAUCUCGGCAGCGGAAUACGCAGCACCAGUCUGGGGUAGAUCUACACAUGCCAAACAGGUGGGUAUCGCCGUAAACGAAACCGUACGCAUUGCCACAGGAUGCCUCAAACCAACACCCACUGAGGAACUGUACCCUAUUAUAGGGAUAGCGCCACCUCCCAUCCGAAGGCAGGUAGCCGCUGAAAUUGAAAGAACCAAACAGAAGAAUGACCCGAGACACCCCUUGCAUGAGCAUCAAAGACAACGGGUCCGCCUGAAAUCUCGCAAGAUUUUCAUUGAUUGCACGGAAGAACUCUCCACAACCCCGAAAGAACGGCGACUGAACUUGUGGAAAAAUUCAGUACCACACUCGAAGAUAGAACCACUAGAGGAGGGAUCUCUUGGCCUUAACCUGACCUUCGGGACGUGGAAGUCUCUUAAUCGGUUACGAACAGCUGUAACACGGUGUAAAUCAAACUUGCUGAGGUGGGGUUUCGCUGAGAACGAACUAUGCGAGUGUGGGGCAAAGCAAGACUACAACCACCUUCUAAUCUGCCCUAACAUGACUAAAACCUGCACAAGGGACGAUAUUUUUAGUGUAAAUGACGAAGCAAUCUAUGUUGCAAAUUAUUGGUCAGGGAAAAUCUAA